UCCAUUGAAAAGAAACUCUGAAUGCUUCAGCAUACCAAGAGAUCUUGGACAAUUCCAUGCUCUUAACUUUGUGGGAAUAGUUUGGGGAUAGACCCUGUUCCAACAUGACUGUACACAAUGGACAGUGCACAAAGCAAGGUCCAUAAAGACAUGGAUGACAUAGUUUAGUGUUGACUGACCUGCACAGAGUCCUGACCUCAACCCUAUAUAACACCUUUGGGAUGAAUUAGAGCGGAGACUGAGAGCCAGUCUCCUCGUCCGACAUCAGUGUGUGACCUCACAAAUGCGCUUCUGGAAGAAUGGUCAAACAUUCCCAUAAACACACUCCUAAACCUUGUGGAAAGCCUUCCCAGAAGAGUUGAAGCUGCUAUGCAAAAGAUGGAUCGACGUCAUAUUAAACCCUACGGAUUAAGAAUGGGAUGUCACUUAAGUUCAUAUGUGCACCGGGCAUUCCAUGCCAGCUCCAGGUACGACAAGAAGCAGCCUGUGCCCUCAACUCUCAAAGGAAGUGAGGAGGAUGGCAACAAGGACAAGUCUUUGGUUGCCCAUGACGACCUGUUUGAAAGGGCGGGCAAAGAGGCAAAGAACAAAGCCACAUUCAACAAGGUCGUGGAGGUUUUCAACAAGAGGGAUGUGCGCCGGCGAGGCCACGUGGAGUUCAUAUACGCAGCGCUGAAGAAGAUGCCAGAGUUCGGGGUGGAGCGAGACAUCACCGUUUAUAACAAGCUCUUGGAUGUUUUUCCCAAGGAGGUGUUUGUGCCACGGAACUUUAUCCAGAGGAUGUUCAACCAUUACCCACGGCAACAGGAGUGCGCAGUAGAAGUGCUGGAACAGAUGGAGAAUCAUGGAAUCAUGCCAAACGUGGAGACCAAGGUCCUCCUGGUGCAGAUCUUCGGGCCCAAGGGCCACCCGGUGAGGAAGUACCAGCGCCUCAUGUACUGGUUCCCCAAGUUCAAGCACGCUAACCCGUUCCCUGUGCCCCACGAGCUGCCCGCGGACCCGGUGGACCUGGCCCGCUUCAGCCUCACGCGCAUCGCCAACGACAUGGACACCAGAGUCACCGUCUAUCAGAUGCCCUACACAGACAUCACAGAGACUGGCGAGGAGGUCCAGGAGCCGCACAUUGUUGGGAUCCAGAGUCCAGACCAGCAGGCCCUCCUGGCCAAGCACAACCCCAGCAAGCCGGUGUUUGUGGAGGGACCGUAUCCCCUGUGGCUCAGGAGGACCUGCGUCUACUACUAUGUGCUGAAGGCAGACCCGGUGCCACCUGAGGAGAAGGUGGAGGAGUACAUGGACCUGGAGCUUGUGGGUCCUCAGCAAUCUAUUCACUACCCUCUGUGGAUAGACAUGGAUCUUCAGCGUGACAUGGGGGAUGAUUUCAGCUUCAAUGUGGACGAUGUGGAGGAGGGGGCCAUCUACGCCAUGUGUAUGGCCGGCCAGGGUGACCAGGUCACUCUGGCCCGCUGGAUCGCAGGCCUCCAGGAGACCAACCCUAUCUUGGGUCGCAUCCCCACCGUCUUCCGCCUGGAGUCCGGGCCCCGGGAGCUCCAAGACCUCACGGAACCACAGCGGCCUCCAGGAGCGGACAUGGAGGCGGAACACAGCUCGGAACCUGACCAUGUCAUGGACCAGCAGCUGGGGGGGCAGAGAGUGAAGCAGUGAGGGCCGCAGGGAGGGUCAGCAGCUUACUGCAGCGUCAUGCCAACGUGUCCCAGGUCUACUCCAAGAGGAUUAGAUGAUAACCCUAAUCUAAUAUUAGUUCCAACACUCAGAUACUCCUGAGGGGCUAGCUGGCUUAGUUGUGCUUUGCUGGGAUUGCAACUUGAACUCUACAAGAAGAAGACCGGAUACUCAGUCAUCCCUAACAGCAAAAAAAUAAAGACGGUUCAGUGCAUCAUCUGUUUGCAAAAGGUCCUAUGCUGAUGCACGUGUGUGGACACUCUUGUUGAAUACUGCAGACAUAUUUUUAUUUUAUGUAACUGGUUCAGAUUCAAACCUUUUUGUUUAUUUUGACAGUCAUUUUAAUCAGAAAUAUGUCCAUUGGUGGUAAUGUCUGAGUGAAUGUGUAUUAUUUAAAUGUAUGAAAAUGAAAUCAUGCAAUAUUGUAACAACUGAGUAAAAAGGUAAAGUCUGUAUUUA